UUUCUUCAUAACAUCCACCAGCCCCAAGCCGACUCUCCCUCUCCCUGCCGAAGGUAGCCAAUCAGCUUCUCCCUCAGCCACCACCCUCCGGCGUCCAGCUGAAGCUGUUCGUCACCGUUGAGCCCAACCGUUUGCAUGACUAGAUGCCUCCUCUCAUCUCCUUCGCCCAAGCUAGAAGGAGCGUUUGUCGCUUGCCGUUCGCACUGACCAGACGCCGCCGCUCGUGCCCUAGCCACCGCGACGCCCCUGUUUGGAGUCGCCUAACCUCACUCCAAACUCCAUUCACCGUACAGCCGCACUGUCCCUGUUCUAGAUCUGGUCAGUCCUCCACUGGAUCCACUAUUUUCAUCCUCAGUCUUCCACUGGAUCCACAUAGGCUCUCCUUAGCUAUCUUCUUCUUCUUCCUUUUUGUGCUUCCAACAGGAAGAGAGAGAGAUAGAGAAGAUAAAUGGGGAUUUGUUGGGGUUUUUCUAUUGAUAAUCAUACCCCUAAUACCACUGGACAUCUCAGUUCAGUUAGACAACAUCAUCAACUAUCAGCGACAUCUCCAAGAACAGUCAAUUCUCUAUAGCAAGUGGAGAUGAAGUUUUCCCACAUAGACAGAUUUCACCAUCUUUAAACUUGAGGGAGUAUAGCCUGGCAGAGCUUAAAUCUACAACCAAAAACUUUAGAGCUGAAGCAAUGCUUGGUGAAGGAGGUUUUGGCAAGGGUUACAAAGGUUGGCUCGAGGAGAAGGGCCUUGGUGAAUGAGGUUAUGUAUAGAUUAAAUAAUGUACUUUGUUGAGAGGUUACUUAUUAAACAAUUUGUCACUUUUUUAUUUGUUGAAAGUUGAGUUUUGUAUACAAAAACAAUAGUUGAGAUUUUAUUUUGUGCAUGUUACAUGUGAAAGAGAAAUAUUGUUGUAAUUUGUGAGGAGUGUUCAUAUGAAAAGUCAUAGUUGAACAUAUGGAUUUUUAGUGAAUAUAUUGAACUGAUAAAUCUUAAAUGUAUAA